CACUCGAUAAUUCGAACAGUCUCACUCGAUAGACCGGCCGGUCUCGCAUCUAGUGCGAAACAUUUUCUCGUGUAAAUUAUUUCUCGGCGUUACUAGGUUUUCCGAGCAAGCUCUAAACGGAUUACCACGGGAAAAUCUCGUCGAUUUUCUUGGCCCACAGAGUGAAAAAUCAAGAACGUCACUUAACCUUCCUAGCUGGUAGAGCAAGGUCUACCUCGUUAACCUACCAGCGAUAUGUUAACCUAUUGCGAAAUGCUGGUUCUACGAGAGUUCAACUAGGGGGUGUUCCAGAAAGACUACUACUUCCAAAUAUCAGUGGAAUUAUAAACUUAUAUACAAAAUAGAAUUGAUAGGCGUUUACUGCAGUACAGUCUGCAGUAUAGUGCAGUUUCAAUUUUUAUCAAAAAAACACAAACUUAAAAUUCUAAUUUCUAAUUUCUUACUGCAACUUUAAAAAAUUGUGUGAUUAUAAUUUUAAAGUCUACAACUAUAAACUCUUUCAACUAAACUGGAGUGAAUCUUCAGUCUUCCCUUUAAAAAAUAAGGAAAAUUCAAAUCCAGACUUUUUGAAUCAAAGACGAUCAAAAACGGUCAAGAUCGAGUGAUAUAUUAUAGCUGAACCUUUUUAUAUGCUGUGAAUUAUUGUGCAACAUAAUUUCAUUUAUGUGACUUGGACUCUAUGCAAAUUUAUUGAGACAUUUAUAUUUGAGUCCUGAACAAUCUCCACACCUAGUGACCAGCGAAAGACAAUUUUUAUUGCGUACAGAACUCCUCAUUUCACAUCUUAGUUUUGAAAAAUCUUCCUCUAUAACUUUUCUGACUCAUUUUCAUUUACCACAGUUAGUGACAAGUGGAAGAGAAUCUAGUGCAUGAAAAUUCCUUAUUUCACAUCUAAAUUUCAAUAAAUAUUCCUCUGUGUGAUCAUCUGAAUUUUGGAGAAUUAAUCCAGUGCUUUUCUUCGAAAAUUUGAAGAAAUUCAAAUUCUGUGACUUUUCUAUUGAGAAAAAUCUGCUACUAAAUUUUGAGAACUAAACCUGUGUUUUUGUUUGAAAUUUGAAUUUUAGAAGCAAAAUGCUACGAAAACUAGCUUCACUCGGCUGUCAAAACACUCUACAAGUCUACAAACUUAACCACAGAUUUACGAACUACACCCCCAAACUUGUAGUCAACCAGCUGAUUAAGUCCAACACUUUCUACUCUAGGGUGCAACCCAAGGAAGCCGAACACAAAAACAAGGAAACCUUGAGUGUACCCAUCACAACGUACUGCCCUGAGAAAGAUAAAGCCCUGGACCUCACGUUUAUCAAUGCUGAGGAAGCUUUCAAGUCGAAGAAAACAAGCGAUUUACUGAGGGCGUUGGUUGUUUACAACCUGUGCUCCAUUAAUUUCCUGGUGGAGAACAAUGCAAAGCUGAUGAAACUAUUUAGGGGGUUGUUGGGAGAGAGGUUGUUUGUGUAUUUUAUGAAGAAAACGUUUUAUGGACAUUUUGUAGCGGGGGAAGAUCAGCAUAAUAUUCUGCCACUGGUGACUCGUAUGAAGAAUUACGGGGUGGGUUCAAUUCUGGAUUAUAGUGUGGAGGAGGAUAUCAGCGAAGCGGAGGCUGUUAAACGGGAGUAUGAAGGGACCGUUUCCGAGGCGGAGAGAGGGUUGUCGGUGAAGGACAGUGAAGAUCAGGAGGUAAAUCAGGAGACAAAGUUGAAAACCUACAAGGCUCCCCAACAGUUCUCAGAUCGUCGCAAGGAUGUGUCAAGUGUGAGAACCUAUUUCUAUCUAAAUGAAGCCGCCUGUGACCGGAGUCUAGAAGUGUUUCAAGAGUGUAUUCAGGCUGUGGGAGAUGCUCAAAACUAUGGGACUGGAGUUGCAGCCAUAAAAUUGACCGCCCUGGGACGUCCCCAAAUGUUGUUGCAGAUCUCAGAGGUGAUCAUGCGAGCUCGGAAGUUUGUCAGUGAUGUGGUCCAUAGUGGGAACACGUUCACCAACGUUCUCCAGCAUCAUUUGACCGAGGAAGAGCUGGAGAAUCGGCUGCAGAAGGCUGGGAUAAAGGAUGCUGGAAGGUUUCUCCAGCAGGUUGUCAAGGAUAAACAGGGUGUGAUACAUCUGUUUCCCUGGAAUGGGAUUGUUGAUGAGAAUUUAAACCUGAGUGAUACCUUCCGGGUGCCCAGUUUGAAAGACGGGAGGAUGGUCAGGUUGAUUUCACAGCUUUCGCCAAACGAGGAACAGAUGUUCCGAAACAUGAUUCACCGUCUCAAUGUUCUCUUACAAACGGCAAAAGAGUAUAAGGUUCCUGUGAUGGUGGACGCGGAGCAGACCUAUUUUCAGCCGGCCAUUUCGAGGAUAACCAUGGAAAUGAUGCAUAAGCAUAAUGUGAACGAGGCUGUGGUUUUGAAUACCUACCAGUGCUAUCUGAAGGAUACCUAUAAUGAGGUUCUCAAUGACCUUGAACAGGCUACUAGGGAGGAUUUCUAUUUUGGCGCGAAAAUUGUAAGGGGUGCCUACUUGGAGCAGGAGCGGUUUAGAGCCGAAAAGUUGGGGCUCGAAGAUCCAACGAAUCCAAGUUUUGAGGCGACAACAGAUAUGUAUUGCAAAGUUUUGAUGGAGUUUCUCGAUAGAAUCCAGAAGAAUAAUCAGCAGGGAAAAUCAGCAGACGGUCAGGGAAAGGUGAUGGUGAUGGUAGCUUCCCACAACGAGGAGACUGUGCGAUUUGCAAUAGAAGAAAUGCGUCGAGCUGGCAUAUGUCCUUCCCAUAAGUCUGUAUUAUUUGGUCAGCUGCUGGGAAUGUGUGAUUAUAUUACCUUUCCUUUGGGACAAGCCGGGUACGCGGCAUACAAGUAUGUGCCCUACGGACCUGUGACCGAGGUUCUACCCUAUCUCUCGCGCCGUGUAGUCGAAAACAAAGGGGUGCUAAAGAAGGUAAAAAAGGAAAAAGAACUGCUCUGGCAGGAAAUUAAGAGAAGGUCUCUCAAUAACCAAUUGUUUUACAAACCACCCUUGUAAGAACAACCCCAGGAGGAGAGAAAUAUUGUGUAUGAUACUGUAAUAUAAUGUUGAAUGUAUUAACAUGAACGCUUUCCAAGUCCCGUUUGCACAAAAUAGUGUGUGUUAAAUUUUAACAGGGGUUAAAUGCCACGAGACCUAAUAGAAAGGAGGUUUCUUUCUCCUCUUUUCGAGAAGAAGACUCCUCUGAUUGGUUCUCGUGGUAUUUAAUCACCAUUAAAAUUUAACAGACUCGAAUGCAACCGGGCCUUAAUUUAAUACUAGAGUAAAAUCUAGUCUAGAUUAAAAAACAUGAUGAACUGCAACAUAAUACACGUUUAGAGAGAUCUAAAAUUUUGCUAGAUGCUCUAUGAGAUUGUUCUAUUUGACUGUUAACAUCACUAGAAGUGUUUGAGGAACUUGAAAUAAAUUUGUAUCUAAAUUUUGACUUUAUUGGAAGAAUUUAGAUUAUUUUACUUUUCAAUGUGAUAUUUUCAACUAAACCAAAGUAAUUUUUCUACUUCUCUUUCAAGAGUAAGUUAUCUACUGAUCUUUCAAAAUUAUGUUAGUUAUCUUUGAGAUAAUAUAAAUUAAAAUCUAGUGAGUUGGUAUAUUAUUUUGAAAUACAUUUUUGUAUUGUUUGAGUGUGAAACAUUUAUUUGCUUUAACCAACUAUAUUUCCAAUAGUGUGGCUUGAGAUACAGAUUGAAUGAGUGACAAAUAGCCUCAUCUUAAUAAUAAUUCUAUUAUAAGGGAGGAAUUUGAAGUUUUUGUAUGUGAUAGGAAUUAUCUUGGAAUUUUAGCCUAUAAUUUUGAAAAAAGACAAAAUCAUCUUUAUUGUUCUAUUGAUAAGGAAGGAUUUAAAACACUGUUUCAAUAAAUACUGACAAGAUCCUAUUGAUGAGGAAGGAUUAGAAGUUUUUGGGUGGUAAGAAUUAUUCUUAUAAUAUAAUUAUUAUCUUGGAAUUGUAUAAUUUUGAGAAAAGUAAUAAGAAAUAAUCUUGAUUAUCCUAUUGAUGAGGAAGCAUUUGAAGUUUUUGUGUGUGAUAAGAAUUAUCUUGGAAAUGUAUAAUUUUGAUAGAGGGUAUCGGUGAUGACAUAUUAUUAUCUUUCUAGUAUUGAUAAGGAAGGAUUAAAGAAGGAUGAUGAGAAUUAUCUUGAAAUUGUAUAAUAUUGAGAUGGGUAUUAAGUGUGAUGUCAUAGCUGCAUUGUAAAUAGGUAGUCCUCUAAUUGUGAAUUGGAGAAAUAUUAAUUAAAGCAGCGUUUUGCGUCAAACGCAAUGUUUUGGGUCAAAAAACGCAAUGUUUAGCGUCAAAAAACGCAAUGUUUUGCGUCAAAACGCAAUGGUCUGUGUUGCAAAGCAGCUAGAACAUAGCCUACUAACAUACAUCAUGUUUAGAAUGAAAUAUGGUAACUGAGUGUGUAAUUUUGUAAGAAUUUUAUUCGAUAAAUUCUAUUGAAAUGUUUUGACAAUCAAGUGAAAGAUUUGAACUGAUAUGUUAAUGGAUAAAUUCUGUAAACAGUAAGCUUAACACCAAAUAAUUGAUGUAAUAUAUGGUAAAUCAUUACAGAUGUGUUAACACUCUUUGAUAAUUAAAAAAAUAGUGCAAAAUUUAAAUUUGAUUCAUUGAAUAGAUGUAGCUAGCGUGUAUUAAUCAUUAUAAAGUAAAAGAGAUGAAUUACACAUUGUAUUCACUGUAAUAAGCUGGGUUUACACCAAAGUUAUUGAAAAAAUGUUAAUAACAUCAUCCUUAUGGAUUCUAUUAGAUUGAACAUAACUUAUCAUACACAUGAUGAACAUACGUGUUUGUAAAGUUCCGUUCAAUCUAAUAGAAUCUAUAAGGAUUAUGUUAUUAUAGUCUACUGUUUGUAACUUUGGUGUAAACCCAGCUUAAAGGUAUUGUUUAUUAGAUUUGGCAUGUUAAAUUAAUACAUGUGUUACCAUAGAUUGAGAGAAAUAUAGAUUAGGGUACCGUUAGUUUAGAUGUAUAUUAUGAUAAACUCCUACAAUACUCAAAUCAUUGUUAGGCUGAUAUAUAUUUUCCAAUUUCUUGUUUUCUAUCUAUUAUUCUUGAUUUAAUUGUAUUGUUCUCGACUGAGUCAUUGUCAAUAUUGUAGAACCGUUCCAUAAUUGAAUAAAAACACACAUAUGUUG